GGCGGCCAGACAGCGGCGUCCGACCAUAACAAACAUGGCGCUGCUUCACAGGGAAAGUUGACCGCAAAUAUGACCCAGUUCGGUGGAUUGAAUACCCGCAGGCGCUUACGAUCACCAGGAAGUCUAGCGCAGCCUGGCAUUUUGAGUGCGGGCGCGCGUGUUUGAGAUGAGCAGCGGCGGCGGCGCUGUGUGAGUAAGGAAGGUGUGUGACGCGAACUCUUAGUGGUGGCUGCUGCUGCAGGGACUGGUUGGUGCACCCGUGACCUCUUGGGGCCCUCUAGCGGGCCCUCACCCCUCUGCUGGCCCUUACUUGCGGGCCCUCACAACUCUUCUGGCCCCCGCCACCUCUAACACUGUACAUAAUGUGUCAGGGCAGUGAGGCAAGGUGAUGGUGGGUGUGGGAACAAGGGGGGCAGCAUGGGCCCUUGGGGGGGCAUAUGCUCCUCCCCACGGUGCCGGACACAACACACUGCUAGACGUACUUGGAGGGGAACCUGGGGGUCCUCCACUGGAUGGUGCAUCGCUCACUGUUGCCCUAGAUGUUGUGCAGGCCUGGGCUGUGCUCAUUACUGUGGGCUUCACUCUGGUGCUCUUCAUAUUUUUGGCCUUUUGUGUGUGUGCCAAGAAAGAUGACGGGUAUGAUGAAUUUGAGCUGACGCAAGGAAUAACGACAGUAAAGGUGUGUCAUGAUGGUGGCGAGAAUGGGCUGGGCAGUUAUCCCCGCAUCAAUGGAUCCAAUACGCCUAGAGCAAGUGACGAGGCCUCAGAGGCAUCAAGCAGGUGUACACUGAAGCGAGAACUUCCAGCAAUUCCUCUAAGUGCUGAGCCUGACCCAGCAUCACUUGAGUGCACUGUAGAGCGCACACAAUCACAGCACUCGUCAGAUCUGUAUGCAGCUGUAGGGGAGACCAAUGACGCAGGUGGAAGUGGCAUAGGAAAAGUUAUUGGUGGGGUUCAGGUCCUUCCUGCUGGUGCUAUAGGACCAGACGGUCGUGCAGCUAUCAUUCGGGACCCAACACACACGUCGCCAACCGAGCCUGCUGCUCCACCACACGUAGAUGGUGUUGUGGGAUCAGGGAUAGCAACUGCAGCUCACCCAUAUGCCAAAGUGAAGAAGAAUCAUCCAUAUGCUCAUGUCAAACUACCAAAGAAGGAUCAUCCAUACGCUAAGGUAGUCCGUGAUGAUUCUGAGGAUCCAGAAACGGACACUGAUAAUUACGAUGAUCCUAAAGCCAUUACCAAAGACAAGAGUUCUGGAUGGGACUCGGAAGGAGGUUAUGAACCUGCUCCUCCAGUACCAGAGAAAAGGUUUGAUAUAGAAGAGGAGUCGGUUACUACUGCUGGUCCUCCAGACAGCGGGCUAAUGACAACUUCAAUAACCUCUGCAUCCUCGGGUAAGGGCCCAUCUUCACCGCGAUCACCGCACCUCAAUGCCCGAUCAUCUGUGUCUGGUUCUGCACCCUCGCCGACUUCUCCACAUAGCAUAGGAGCCAUCUCGGACCGACCUCCAUCUACAGAAAUCCAGGCAGCCUUAGCCAUCUCGGGACGAACACCAGCCAACGAAGAGAUGCCCUAUAUGACGCCUCCAUUACAUCAUCAGACUGAAGAGGCUGGCAUAGAAGUAACAUCGCAGCAGAACUUCAGUGGCGACUCCCAGGAUUCUCGAGGCUACACAAGCAUCAGUGUCCGGGAGCCUCUGGCAGCCAUCAAGGCACAGACACAAGGCUCCGCAGCGCCUCAGUCAUCAACGGUCACUCAGCCCCUUGAAGGAGAAGGGUACUAUAUGACAGUGUCAGAUGACUCGGCUGAUGAGAUGUAUGCCUGUAUUUAUGAGGGUACCAGAGGAGUUGGCAGUGAAACAUAUGCACAAAUUGAGCCACGUUCCACUCCACCGCCACCUCCGCCCCCAAUGCCUAGCCCUCCUCACGCUCCAUCUACCCCAUCACCCCUUUCUACGCGUGGUGGAUCACAGCCCCCUCCGGCACCACCAAGUGUAGACAGCCUUCGCCAUGUUGUACAUUCCAGACAAGCUUCUUCGAGCAGUGCUGCUAGUACAGUGAUGGGAAGCCCUGGAGCAGAGAAGAGAGGUACUCGAUCUCCUCUGCCACCUUUACCUCAGGGAGACACAAGCCUCUACUCUGGCCCCUCUCCCCAGCCCCCACAUUCCCCACCACGGAGUGUUCCAUCUGUUGAGAGACCAACACAACGAGCACUUGAAGAAAUGUAUGCAAAGGUAAUGAAGAAGCAGCGCCCAGGACAUUCCCGCGGGGACAGUUCUGGUGGGGGUGGUGAAAGUGAUGCUGGCAGUGUUUCAUCAUCACGAAGAGGAUCUGUUGAUAUUGGGGGUGCUCGUUGGGGAUCCCAUGCGUCAUCUCCUCCGACAACCCCACGUCAGUCAGUAGAUCUAGGAGCAAUGACCCGCAGCCUAGUAGAAACACGCAACCACGAAGUGAUUUCAUCAAUUAGUCGAGCCAAGUCAUAUGAGAAGGCAGGUGUGUGGGGAAGUACUACACAGCAUCCUCAGCCAACACUACCCAAUCCCAAUUAUGAAACAAUACCUCAACUCCCCACUAACUUCUAUUCAGGAGGAUCUGAUCCUGGGUAUGAAACGGUGAAAAAUUCUGAACCUCCAUAUGCGAGUGUUGAAAGACCCGAAGAAAAUUAUCCUGGAUAUGAAACGGUAAAACAAACAUCAGACGUUGAUUCAGAGCCUGGUUAUGAGACUCUGAAGCACAGAGAAUAUGAGCCAGGAUAUGAAACAGUCACAGGUGAAGCUAAAUUGGAAAGUUUAGAACCAGGUUAUGAAACAGUUUCCCAUGAUAAAAAUCAAGAGGAAGAUGAACCUGGCUAUGAAAGUGUAAUUCAUCACAGGGCAGAAGUUUCUGACCCUGGAUAUGAAAUUGUUAAAGGAAAGCCCACAAGUGAAUUUGGGGAUCCUGGAUAUGAAGAACUACAAGGUGCUAUCCAUCACAUACGAACCACCUCAGAGCAUGACCCAAAUUAUGAGCAGCUCAAGUUUACAAGUCGGCGAUCGAGUGAUGGUGAUGCCGAACCUGGUUAUGAAGUAGUUAAGAAAGUUGUAAAUGAAAGUACAUAUGAAUUUGUACAUGACUAUGACACCCAAGAGAAUUAUCCUCCUUAUGAAAAAAUUGAUAAGCCUGUUAAGGAAACUAACCAAGUAACUCCAUUGUAUGCAGUUGUACAGAAAGGAAACACAAGUCCAGAGAAGAAAUUAGCCAAAGCCAAGAGUCCAGUAGAAGAGGAAAGGCGUCCUAGGGUCAUUGGUCUUUUAGAGAGUGACUUGGAUAAUUAUCCACCUCCCAUAAAUGAUAAAGAUUUACAAGAUACUCUGACAAAAGAAAGCUUGGUUAAAGAUCGAGAUUUUAAAUUGCCUUUGAAAAAGCCAGAAAGUCCUCACUUACCUUAUCUGGAAAAUAAAUCUCCUUCACCACUGAAGAGUCCUGAUAAAGCUUCAGUUUCAUCAGGGAAAAGACUAAAUGAAUCUCCACCAGCAAUAAAGAGUCCUAAGGGAUCUCCACCAUUAGUUAAAAGUGCUAAAGGAUCCUCACCUACUACAAAGAGUCCCAAAGGAUCACCCCCACAAAUGAAGAGUCCUACAGGUUCCCCACCAGUAAUGAAGAGUCCUAGAGGAUCUCCAUCAUUGAUAAAUAGUCCAGAUAAGGGUUCUCCUCCAUUGGUGAAGAGUCCUGAUAAGGGUGCUCCACCUUUGAUGAAAAGUCCUGAUAAGGGUUCUCCACCUUUGAUGAAAAGUCCUGAUAAGGGUUCUCCCCCAAUGGUGAAAAGUCCUGAUAAGGGUUCUCCCCCAUUGGUGAAAAGUCCUGAUAAGGGUUCUCCCCCAUUGGUGAAGAGUCCUGAUAAGGGUUCUCCCCCAUUGGUGAAGAGUCCAUAUCAAAGAACUCCACCACUGAUAAGUCUGGAUACAGGAACUCCUCCAUUAUCAGACAGUUCAGAUACGGGAUCUCCGCCUUUGAUGGAGAGUCCAGAUAAGGGUUCUCCACCAUUGAUGGAGAGUCCAGAUAAAGGAUCUCCACCAGUGUUGCAGAGCCCAGAUAAAGAAACUCCACCACUGAUGAAAAGUCCAAGUCCUGACAUGGAAUCUCCACCCUUGGUGAAAAGUCCAAAUGGAUCCCCUCAAUUAUUAGUCUCUCGAGAUGAAGAAUCCCUUCUGCCAAGGCAAAGUCCAGAAGGUCCUCCACCAGUACCGCAGAGCCCAGAAGGUCCUCCACCAGUGCCGCAGAGCCCAGAAGGUCCUCCACCAGUGCGGCAGAGCCCAGAAGGUCCUCCACCAGUGCCGCAGAGCCCAGAAGGUCCUCCACCAGUGCCGCAGAGCCCAGAAGGUCCUCCACCGGUGCCGCAGAACCCAGAAGGUCCUCCACCGGUGCCGCAGAGCCCAGAAGGUCCUCCACCGGUGCCGCAGAGCCCAGAAGGUCCUCCACCGGUGCCACAGGCCCCAGAAGUUCCUCCACCAGUGCCGCAGAGCCCAGAAGGUCCUCCACCAGUGCCACAGGCCCCAGAAGUUCCUCCACCAGUGCCGCAGAGCCCAGAAGGUCCUCCACCAGUGCCACAGGCCCCAGAAGUUCCUCCACCAGUGCCGCAGAGCCCAGAAGGUCCUCCACCAGUGCCGCAGAGCCCAGAAGGUCCUCCACCGGUGCCACAGGCCCCAGAAGUUCCUCCACCAGUGUCACAGAGCCCAGAAGGUUCUCCACCAGUGCCGUUGGGUCCAGAGGGUCCUCCACCAGUGCCCUGGAGUCCAGAAGGGCCUCCACCAGUGCCACCAAGCCCAGAUGGAGAAACCCCACCACUGACAAGGAGUCCAAGCCCAGAUAUUGAGUUCUUACCCUUGGACAAAGUUUCAGAUGGAGCCUCUUCUCCAUCAACAAGAACUGCUGAUCAGAAUUCAUUUUUACCAGAGGGAAUGAGCUCAAUGGGACAAGCAGGUCAACCUAUGGUAUUCCCUAUACCAAGUUCAGUAGUAGACAUGUCACCACCUUCAUUAGCCAGUGAAGAAAGGAAAUCAUCUGUGCUAUUAGCCGACUCGUAUACAGAAUCUUCACCUCAGCAGGAAGAGAGUAAUGAUAAACAAGUUUCUCCAACUGAGACGAGACAUUUUGCUCAACAGCCAUGUUCAUCUCAUAUGGAAAAUUCAAUUACUCUUCAGGAAAGUCAAGAUAUAGAAGCUUCCCAGCAAUUGGUCCAAAGUGGAGUUAAGGAAACAGCAUUCCCCAUAGAAGGAAUUGUGCAUGGACAAUCCUUUUCAACACUUAAUGAGAAUCGUAAUGUAAUUGUUUCAUCAUUGGAAGAGAUUGAAGCAUUGCCACCUGAACCACCCAGUCCAGAAAGAGAAUCAUCUCCUGUGGCAUUUAGUAGUCUUGGUUCAGUAGAUCUUCCUGCACCUUUAUUAAUAGAAGAAACAGAAAAUCAGCCGCAAGAAACUGUCAAUCCACUUUAUAUGUUAGACAGCUUGAAUAAUGGUGUUGACCAGGAAAGUACACCACUAGUGCAGACUGCUAGCAUUAUAGAACAUGACACAUCAUCUGGAAUGUGCAGUGAUUUACCUCCACCACCCCCUCCAGUAAUGGAUGAAGAUGAUAGUGCUUUUACAAAUGACCUUCCUCCACCUUUACCCGAGGCAUCGCCACUUAUGCCACGAACCAGCACCCUUUGUGAAGACACUCCACCGCCGCCACCAUUGGUGGCCCCGCCAGAGGUUGAAGGUUUAGAUGAACUGUUAAACCUUGCAAAUAUGGGUUCAUCAUCAUCAGGGAGCACUGCUGGCCAACCUGGCAGUAUUCAUGGCAGUUCUGAAAAAGAUUCAGAUUCUCCUCAAGAGUCUGAUAUCACUCAAUUGGAAGGAGCUUUAAUAGCAGAUGAACUUCCACCCCCACCUCCCCUUUCAGAACCAUCAGAACCUGGAACCGAGCAUGAUUCUGAUGAGGAACUUGACAACUCUGUAUCAUCAGGUUAUGAAUGUGGAUUUACAGCUGGUGGCAUAACUGUUACUGUCAAUCCAAUAUCUGAUGUUGAAGAGAAUCCAGAAUCUCCUGUUAAUGAAGCUGUACCGUGUGAAACAAGUCAAGCUGCUGCUGCUGCUGCUCCACCCAUUGUUGCUGCUGCUAUAAGUACCAACAGUGGAGGCAGUCAGAGCAGCAGUAGUGGGUCUGGUAGUCAGGACACAGGUAGUGGUAGUGUAGAGAGUGUAGUGACAGUUGAAUGUGCUGUUGGAGAUGCAGGAAUCCAUGGGAGGCAGCAGUCCUCGGAUUCAUCAAGUCCCGAAAGUCGUCACCUUGAUCCGCAUGAACAGAUUACAGAAGUAUGAAAAAUGCCUUUAGUGAAUUCUUGAGCAAAAUUUAAUGUGAGGUAUAAGUUAUGUGCUGAGUUUUACUGGACAGAAAACCAGCUUGAAUGUGAAAUAAGCACAGUUGCUCAGGUUAUCUUGAGCAGUACCCCUCACUUCCUACCACACUGGGGCAGCUCAUUUAUCUUGCACUGGCUGUAGCUUGUGUCUACUGUAACAAGAUUGCAGCUAAGCAUUUGUAAGUCAUAUUUUUUCACUAAUAGUAGUUAUGUGGACCAUCUCAAUUAGGCAACGCUACUGUACGGGAAAUACUCUGGUAGCUGUUGGCUGUGAAGUAUUGAUAUUAUAGUUCCCUUCUAGGUAGGAAAAAUACUUUCCUCAGUAGAUUUAGUACUAUUUAUGGUUUUGGUGAUAAAUAUAUUUUAACAGUGGCAUUGUUUUUACAGUUCCACUUAAUAAUUCCCUAUGUAUUAGCCCCCACUUUCCAUAUUUUAACUAAGUGAUAGGCAGAAAUCAUUUGAACUACUGCCAGUUUUUACACAAUUGUCAUGUAAUUUAUAUUUAUCAUUUUUCCAAUGAGGCAAGCACGUAUACAGUGAAUGGAAGGUAUAGGUUUGUUAUUCUACUUUUACCAUAUUCACAUAAGUGUGUUUGCAACUCGGGUGAAAUGCUUAUGGAGUUAAUACUUGUAGGUGUGGCUCAUAGUGCUUUAGUAUGGAUUACUCUGGUGUGUACGUGUUAGCCAGCAAGGAAGGGACUGCGGUAUCAUGUGCAGUGAUCUUAAAAGCUUUUGAAUUUUACUCAUUAUCAUAAAGAAAUUGCACAAAGAAUAGUGUGAGAAAGUUAGUAUGCAGUUUGUUGCCAAAGUUCCUGUUUUUGUGAGAGCAGGCAGGUUGAAGCUUUAUAAAACAUUACUGUGUAUUCAGUACAUGUAACGGUAAGUUCUUUUUAUUGUACUGUAAGGUUGUAGCCGGUUGACAGUUUGCACCUGUCUGCUGGAUCAUCUCAAAGUCAAGUUUUCCUCAUCCCAUUGGAAUAUAUGGCAGUAGUUAAUCUUUCCAGUGCAGCAUUUCUAGUGAUUUUGUAUAGACAUGAUAAAAAUGACCAGUUCAAUUAGAAUAAUUCAUUGGUCAAACCUCAUACAAAUUUAUAAAAUACAAGCUCAAUUGCAUCUUACACUCAUCACAAGAACAUUCAAAGGUAUUGUUUGACAUUUCGUUUACCAUUUCCUAGACAUUCAUGAAACUCUAGUGUAUUUUUGUAGUGGUACACAUACAAUUUUGAUGUCACCAGUUCAAUUUUGAUUAAGAGCACCUAGAGUGUUUGUGUGCUGUCAAAUUCCAUAGCAAGUCAAAGGUUAGACUCUUUGCAUUUUAACAUUUCUUCUAGUGACUCAAAGCUUUCUUUGGAUAUGCAGUCUACCAUCAGUGCUAUUACUUACAAUUGUUUUUGGCGAAGCCUUUGUUAAUGUUGGCCUGAAUGUGACACUUGUUCUGUGAGUUAAGACUGAGAGUUAAGAAUGUGACUUUUGUACUUGGGGUUAUAUAUGUGAGUAUUGUACUCGAGGCUAGAUAUGCCAGUAAUGUACUGGGGGCUUGAUAUGUGAGCAUUUUACUUGAGGCUAGAUAUUUGAGCAAUGUAUUCGUGGGUAGAUGUGUGAGUAUUGUACUUGAGGCUAGAUAUGUGAGGAUCGUACUUUGGGCUCCAUAUAUGAGUAAUGUACUCGGGACUAGACAUGUGAGUAUGCCUAGACUCAGAGUUUAAGAAUGUGAGUAUGAUGAACUAGUUACUGAUGUCUUAUUCAAGUUAAGUAAUAUGAAUUCAUUUGGUUUGUAAAGAUGCAAAUUAUGCUCCAGUUAUGAUUGUCAGUGGUACACCUGGCAAAGGAAUAGGGGCAUGAUAUCCAACAAUUUAUCUUGAA